UCAACUUUAUGCUGCGUACAGUUAACAAACACGUUAAAAUUCCCCUCUUCCACUCUGUCCUGUCCUUGACGGAAUCUGAACCCUCUGUUCACUUUAAGAGCACAAAAGAACUCCUUAUAAAUAUAUUCCAUCUCCUCUUUUCCAAGAGAAAUCACUGGGAAAAGAUUGAGAGCAAAGAUGGGUUUGGUUGUAGUCAUCUCUAUGCCACUGCUUCUCUUAUGCAUAUUACUCGGUCUGGGAUUUUACUUCUAUAGAAGAGCUAAAGCCAGACAAGGCAACAACCCUCAGAUUUAUGGCGCACCAGCUCCGCCCCCCGGUGCAGCUCCUCCUCCUCCUCCACACACCAAGCCUGACAACUUGGCAAGUGUUUGAUAGUUUAAAUCAUGGGUUUUAAAUCUGGGAUACUUUAAAAAUUACUUCCAGUUCCUGAUCUGUAUACAAAAAGCUGAUUGUCGGUUAUAAUUGUGUGGAAUUUAGAAAAACUAUAUUUGCAUAUCGGUGUUAAAAUGUUAUGUAUCCCAUCAAGGUUAUUUGAUUUUGGA